CACAUAUACUAGAGGAUAUAAAGAUGGGGCUAGCGAGCAAGCGGAAAGGACAUUGGAGGUACAGGUGCUGGCAGAAGUUGUUCCUAGCUCUCAUAGGCUUCCCUCUGGCUGCUGGACUCUUAUUGGCGUUCGUAGCAAUAUUCCGAGCAGUGUUCGUUCAUCAGCAAAACCAGUCCGUUCUCCAUAUCUUAAAUAAUCAAGUUGUGGACAAAAUUGAUGAAAGCCAGAUUAUGCAGAGGGCUGAACGAUUGGCAGGAGCACUGAAAAUUCCUUCUGUAUCAUAUGCAACAGACAACCAAGAAAAGGAGGCUCUCCUGCAACUGCAACAAUAUCUGCAAACGAAUUUCCCACUGAUUCACAGUGCAACUUUCAUAAAGAAGGAAGUUAUCAACACGUACAGUCUCCUGUACACAGUUGAGGGCACAAUCAAAGGGAAGCUUCCAUAUUUGCUUGCUUCACAUUUAGAUGUUGUCCCAGUUGAUCCUAGCACUUGGGAAGUCCCUCCUUUCAGUGGAAAAAUUAUCAACAGAACGUACAUCUAUGGAAGAGGUGCUAUUGAUGACAAAUGUGGAGUACUGGGGAUUAUGGAAGCUGUUGAAUACAUAAUACAGAAAGGAGAAAGGCCACAAAGGACAUUUUUCAUGGCUUUUGGGCAUGACGAAGAAAUUUCAGGGAAGCGGGGUGCUCAAGAAUUAGCAAAAACUUUGAAAGCCCGGGGAAUUGAUCAUCUGGAUUUUGUUUUGGAUGAAGGUUUUCCUUUAACAAAGGAUCUAAUUCCAGGAACAGAUAAGCAUAUUGCCAUGGUCGGCAUCUCGGAGAAGGGCACAGCCACUCUGGAACUGAGUGUAUCUGGUAAUCCAGGUCACUCCAGUUUCCCCCCAGAAGAGUCAGCCAUUGGCAUCUUGGCAGCAGCUGUUGCUCGACUGGAAGAAAACCCACAACCAUCACUUCUUGGCAAAGGACCUGAAUCUGCAACUUUUAAAUACCUGGCUCCCCAUGUUUCUUUCUUUUAUCGUCUUCUCUAUAACAACUUGUGGCUAAUUUCUGGCUUGAUGGCUCGAGAAAUGGAACGUGUGGCUCUCACUAAUGCUUUCGUUCGCACUACCACUGCUAUUACGGUGUUUCAUGGCGGAAUUAAGGAUAAUGUGGUUCCCCCAUCAGCCAAAGCAGUGAUCAAUCACCGUGUUCAUCCUUCUCAGACAGUGGCCGAGGUGAUUGCAUACGAUCGUAAAAUUAUCUCUGAUCCGAGAGUACACAUCCGGGUGAAGACCUCCCGUGAAGCACAUCCUGUAUCUCCAUUUGGGCAGGAUUGCAUUCCCUUUCAGAUGAUUGUGAUUAGUAUCAAGCAAGUGUUUACAGAUGCUGUGGUUGUUCCAGCUGUCUUCAUUGCCAACACUGACACACGGUGGUACUUAAGUUUCACUACAAAUCUGUACCGGUUCCUGCCAACUGUUGUCAUGCCAGAAGAUGUCAGCCGUUACCAUGGAAACAAUGAGCGUAUAUCAGUCCAACACUACCAUCAGGCUGUCAGCUUCUAUUACCGUGUUAUCAAGAAUGCUGAUGUGUUGAUUGACCAAGUACCAGCGUCCACUGUCAACAAUGGUGAUGAAGAAUUAUAAGUAAUUAGUAAAAGGAUGUGGCUAAAAUACAAAUGUGUAACUUUUGUGGCAAACAAAAUUAGCUUCUUUAAUUUAUCUCAAUCCCCAUUUGAAAAGGUUUAAAUUAGGUAUAAUAUGCUGACAUCAUGGCACUGUAGUUAUUAUGUUUGAAACCUGCACAGCUGUGAUCAGCAUGAGAUGCAUAUGUCUUAAGCACCUGGGUGCUUUACAGUAUAACCUGGCAAAGCGCUGAGCCGACUGGUUUGAUGGCAAUAAGAUAUGAUAUUUUGAAAUGUACAAGAAAGAAAACAGAUGCGCCUAAAAUCCAUAAAACUUGACAACUGAAACAAAGAAGUGUGUUCGUUUUGAAUUCAGGCAUUAUGAUUUAAAUUUAAAAACCUUUUGUUCAAGGAAUUUUAAGACCAUCUUUCUUCUCCUUUUCGCCGAAUUUGAUAACAUUUUAAAUUACAUACCCAUUUUGGCCCCACAACGCUUCACCAAUGAGAAGUCAUGGUGUACUGGCUAUGAAAAUGGCUGCACAUGUAAAGUAACAGUUAUGUUAUGCAUGAAACUUCUCACCAUAACUGUUCUUCAUUUUGGCAGGUUAUAUACACAGCAGUAUGAUAACAUCUCACAAAUAACAGCUCUGAUAGAGUUUUGAGAGCAUGUUCAGCCCUAUUAUUAUUUUAUUGUUAGUGGGGUGCGACUAAGUCCCUUGUACUGUGGCCACUUCUGGCCUAUUG